GUUGUUAACCGUAUACCCAUUGAUCUUAGCCGUGAAAUCGAGAUGUUCUUUGAGGAGUUGAACCGCAGGAUCAAGAAGUCACGGAAAUAAUAAUAAGAAGACCAAGAUUACUGAUCGUUCCUAAUUUUAUGACUGUGGUGGAAACAUCUAAUUAAGGAAAUUCUAUAAAAUGGGCCGUAAUGAAAAAAGUAAAGCUCAUGGGCUUUAUAUGGGCUACUUCUCGCAUCUGCGUGAAUAUACAGACGAGUUGUGGAUCGUCGGAUCAUGAGAGGUCACGGAUCCGCCGUUGAUAAUGUCAGGGCUCCCUUGAUUCCCUCCUUUCCACUUCUCUCUCUCUCUCUCUCUCCCUCCCUCCAAAACAAAGAACGGAAGAAGAAGACAAAAUUUCAAAUUUGAAUCUGGAGAGAUUACCGAAACCGAUGUACAGCUAUGGCGAAUCGAGGCGGCGCGAGCGGGAACGGGAAACUGGAACGGAAGAAGACAAUGGCGAUGAACUGGGCGGGGUUAGGCGAGGUUGAAGACGACGACGACGAUCACUUCUUCGAGAGCUCUAACCGUAUCUCCACCGUCGUUCCUAUCGAUUUGGCGUAUUCUUCGGACGACGAGGAGGAAGGCGAGUUCGAUGACUGCCGGAUCUCCUUCUCCUCUAACGCCGUCGUCGCUCGUCCCGCUCCUCCCGAGCCGGGCAUGUCCCCCGAUUUCGACAUCUGGAUGUCGGCGCCGGGGUCCAUCACGGAGCGACGUCGUAGGCUCCGCGAUGGAAUGGGGCUCGAGUCGAAGAAGAGCAUGCUUGGAUCCAUCUCGAUCCAACGCAUCAGCAAACCUACUGCGAUUGAGAUCGUAGGAGAAGCCGUUGUGGAAGCGAAGGUCGAGGAGCCGGAUCUUAAUCCUGCUCCGGUGGAUCAACGAUCUCCGCAGAUGUCGGUUUUGAUCGUACGGUCCAGAUCCGAUUCCGAUAUCGAAGCCACUUCCGCUGAGAAAAUAAGAAAAGAGGAAAUGUUAGGGAAGACGUCGAAAUCGCGUCUCACCAGAACCGCGUCUGCGGUUGGACCUCCGCGCGCGAGAGUCUGCGCCUCGCCGCCGAACGCACAGAAACGCAGCGGCGGCGGCGCGAAGAAGCUCUCAACGGUGGUUUCGAAUACACAGUUCAGCGCCUUCUUCCUGAUAAAGAAUCUGGACACAGGGAAAGAGUUCAUCGUGAAGGAGUACGGAGAGAACGGGGCGUGGAACCGUCUCAGCGAUCUGCAAACGGGGAAGCAACUGACGAUGGAGGAGUUCGAGAAGAGCGUUGGAUUCUCGUCUAUCGUAAAGGACCUCAUGCGACGAGAUAACGCGAAUUCCACCAUUGAUUUGAGUAAACUCAAUUCGUACGUGUCGAAGAGCUUGAGAGAGAGCAAGAAGAGAGGAGCUGCUUUUCUAAAGAACAUAAAGGGCGUUGCUCAUUCGAUGAGCUCUAAGGCUCCUCCAGAGAAAGAGAAAGAGAAAGAGAAAGAUCCUACUAGUAGUAGUAGCCUGAGAGUAGUGGACCAACAACAGCAGCAGCAGGAGAAGAACAGCGACGAGACGAAUCAAUGGGUGAAGGUGAGGCAUUCAGGGAAGUCUCACAAAGAGCUCAGCGCUUUGCAUCUGUGCCAAGAGAUUCAAGCUCAUCAAGGAGCUGUUUGGACUAUGAAGUUUAGUCAUGACUCGCAUUUGUUGGCAAGCGGAGGGGAGGAUUGUGCUAUUCAUGUGUGGGAGGUUCAAGAAUGUGAGAUCUUGCCAACGAACGAACCGGUUCAUCCUUCAAUGUCUGGUUCAGAAGGUGGUGAUGAUGCAGCAGAAGUGGCACAUGAGAAGAAGAAAAAAGGGAAAGCUCCGUCGAUUAGGAAAGGGAAUCAGAUCCCAGAUUAUGUCCAUCCGCCUGAAACUGUCUUCUCAUUAUCAGAGAAACCCAUAUGCAGUUUCACUGGCCAUUUGGAUGAUGUUCUGGACUUGUCCUGGUCACGGUCACAGCUAUUGCUUUCAUCUUCAAAGGACAAAACCGUGCGGUUAUGGGAUAUGGAAACUCAAAGCUGCUUAAAACUGUUUGCCCACAAUGACUAUGUUACAUGUGUACAGUUUAAUCCAUUGGAUGAAGAUUACUUCAUAAGUGGUUCGCUUGAUGCCAAGAUCCGUAUAUGGAAUAUAUCAAAUCGUCAAGUAGUGGAGUGGACUGAUCUAAAUGAAAUGGUUACUGCCGUUUGUUACGCUCCUGAUGGUCAGGCUGCAUUUGUUGGAUCACAUAAAGGGAAUUGUCGGCUUUACAGUGCAGAGGAUUGCAAGCUGGAGCAAACAAACCAUAUUGAUCUGCAAAACAAAAAGAAAGCUCAAGCUCAAAAGAUCACAGCUUUCCAGUUUUCGCCAAUUAAUCCAUCAGAAGUGCUUGUAACUUCUGCUGAUUCACGCAUUCGGAUUCUUGACGGUACUGAACUUGUUCAAAAAUUCAGAGGUUUCAAAAACACAUGCAGCCAAAUGACAGCAUCUUACACGCUAGAUGCUAAACACAUUGUCUGCGCAAGCGAAGACUCACUGGUUUACGUGUGGAAACACGAGGAGCCACGACUUGGAAUCACUGGUAGAAAAACCAUCCCCAUGUGCACUUCUUUCGAAACCUUCCCUUGCAAAGACGUCUCCGUGGCAAUACCUUGGCAUGGCGUUGUAAAAGGAGAACCCCCACCACCCACACAAACCCAAGCCAAGAAAAACCCGAAGAAACCCUCAACCACUACUACUACACAAGACAACGCAACGGCAGGUAAAAAAUCCGGCCUCCCACCGUUACCUAAGAAAAACAACAACAACAACACGGAGAGUGUAGCAACAGAAGAACAUCAAGAAGAUGAACCUGCGACACAUGUUCCGCAAAACGAAGCAGAGAACAAUGCUGGAGAGUCACUAAAGCCUGGGGACUCGCCUUCUAUAUCGAUUUCAUCUCGGAUAUCUUCAUGGUCUUGGUUUGAUGGUAGCGGCAGUCAUGGAACUCAUUUGGCUCAACCAACGGCUUGGGGAAUGGUUAUCGUUACAGCCACCAUCGGUGGUCAAAUCCGGGCUUACCAGAACUUCGGUUUGCCACGCAGAGUCAGUCGUCAGGGCUCUCUGUUUUGACGCAGUGUACAUACUUAUGUAUAUUUAUUACAUUGUUUAGCUCCUAAGAAUUUCUGGUAUAGUCUAUAUUUGAGUUUAAUAUGUAAUACUGUAUAGUCACAUAUGGUAUAACAAAAUUAAUGAGUUAUAUUAUUAGAGAGAGCUUCUCUAAUUGUAUAGAAGAGUUUUAUAAGUUUAUGAA